CAAAACUUCGAAAAAAGGUUGCUGUCUCCACUUGAACUCUCUCGACAACAACAUGAGUAGAUCAAAAAAACGAAAAACAUCCUUAAAUAUUAACACAUACCUCUCAAUUUCCUUCCAUUCUUCUUCUUUCCUCUCAAUCUCCUUCUACCCUGAAUGCAUCACUGCACUGUAACCCUCGAAUCUCCACUCCCUUACCAUGCACCCUCUUAUCACCCGAUCUUCUCUCCCCCUCUUCACCCUGGACAUUUUAUCCUCCCUUUUACCCCUCCAAAAACUGGAGGACUCCAUCACCACCACUCCGUUUUCACCUGCAAAGGAAUCCAACUUUCCGUCCCCAGUCAUGGCUCGGCCUCGCUUGUCCCUUCAAACGGUAACGGUGCUGCUAUUCAUGACUGGAAAUUAAGGAGUGUUGGUCUAAAAAGUAUUGAUGUUGCCACUCUGGGAAAUCUGUGUGUUGAUAUUGUUCUUAAUGUUCCAAGAUUGCCCCCUCGUUCUCGUGAGGCUCGCUUUGCUUAUAUGCAAGAGCUGUCCAAGUCUCCGCCUGAUAGGAAAUACUGGGAAGCUGGCGGUAACUGCAAUAUGGCUAUUGCAGCUGCAAGAUUGGGACUUCAUUGCGCCACGAUUGGUCAUGUGGGUGAUGAAAUAUAUGGGCAGUUUUUGCUAGAUGUGCUUCGCGAGGAGAGGAUUAGCAUGGUUGGGAUGAGUGAAGAUGAUGAUAUUGUUGAUAGUACUAGUGCCUCGUAUGAGACCCUUUUGUGCUGGGUUCUUGUUGACCCUUUGCAAAGACAUGGAUUUUGUAGUCGAGCAGAUUUCUCUAAGGAGCCUGCUUUUUGCUGGAUGAGUAAAUUAUCAGGAGAAGUAAAGGUGGCUAUUAAACAGUCAAAGAUCCUGUUCUGUAAUGGUUUUGGCUUUGAUGAACUCUCCCCAGGUCUGAUAAUGUUAGCUCUAGAUUAUGCCGUUGACGUUGGGACAUCUAUUUUCUUUGAUCCCGGACCCCGUGGAAAGAGUCUUAUGACUGGUUCACCUGAAGAACGACAAGCACUUCGCCAUUUCUUGAAGAUGAGCGAUGUUCUUCUUCUAACAUCCGAUGAGGCUGAGUCAUUGACUGGCAUAGGAAACCCAAUACUAGCAGGGAAAGAAUUGCUUAAAAACGGGAUACGAACGAAAUGGGUGAUUGUUAAGAUGGGUUCAAGGGGCUCAAUUCUAGUCACCAUGUCCGGUAUAUCCUGUGCACCUGCAUUCAAGGUGAAUGUCAUUGACAGUGUUGGAUGUGGAGAUAUUUUUGUAGCUGCUAUUGCAUUUGGUUAUAUCCAUAAUAUGCCCUUGGUACAUACAUUGGCGAUUGCAAACGCGGUAGGUGCUGCAACUGCCAUGGGCUGUGGUGCUGGUCGUAAUGUGGCUACCUUGAAUAAAGUAACUGAACUCAUGAGAGCAUCAGACAUCAACGAGGAUGAUGAAUUCUGGAGUGAACUGGUAAAAGAUUUGAACAAUGAGGAAAUCACGUUUCUGUCAAAAAUGGUCAUAAAUGGAAGGAACAUUCAAGUAAACCACAUGUCUCUACAAAAAGUGGUUUCUGAACUGCUGCCUAAGCUUGAAAAUAGUUGGCUAGAGGGAAAAGUGGCUUCUUGAUGGAUGCAAUAGAACGCAUGCAGCUGCUUAGCAUCAAUUUGGUUUUUGAGGCACUAAUUCAUCCCCUCGAUUUCAUUGGGAGUUCUCCUUGCCAUGAAAUUGAUUGCAAUAACUAAUGCAGCAGACUUCAUCUUUUCUGUUCAUAA